UCCAUUAUAAAAGGACCUCAGUAUGAAGUUAUUCCACGCAGACUUCAUGAAUUAUUUGAAGAUAAAGUUCUUGAGAAUCCAACUAAAUCAGCUUUAAUCUAUGAUGAUAAGGUUGUUACGAGAAGAGAAGUUAAUGAGCGAUCAAAUCAAUAUGCCAGGAUCUUUUUGCGAGAAACUUUAAAACAUUCCUUAAGUCCUAAUCAGGACGGAGACAAUAUAAUUGCCAUGUGUAUGGAACCUUCGGAUUACCUGGUGAUGAUACUGCUUGCAACUUGGAAAGCAGGUUUUGCAUACAUUGCGAUAGAUCCUAUUUUAACACCCAAUCGGAUAGCUCAUAUUUUAAAUGAUGCUCGUCCCGUGAUGGUUAUAUGUGACAAUGACAUGGAUCAAAGGGUUUUCGGGUCAUCCUUGACCUUGAGCCUUAAUGAGCUGAAUGAAAAAUCUUUCCAAAUGGAUGUAACAAGUAUUCUCGACGAUGAAAUGAAAAAAAGCACCCAAGACCUUGCAGUCGUUCUUUAUACAUCAGGAAGUACUGGAGUCCCGAAAGGAGUAAAAUUGCCUCCGAUUGCAUUAUUAAACCGAUUAAAAUGGCAAUGGAUAACAUUUCCUUUCACUUCCGAUGAAACUGUUGGUGUUUUUAAAACCUCCCUCGCAUUUGUGGAUUCAGUUUCGGAAAUUUGGAGUGUACUUUUGCAUGGUUUGAGUCUCUUAGUUGUUCCAAAAGCAACUACAAAAGACCCUGAAAAAUUAGUAAAAUUACUUGAAGAGUAUCAAAUCAGGCGUAUUACACUUGUCCCAACGCUCUUGCGCAAUAUUCUCAUGUACCUAAAGAUGGAACGAAAAACUCAUAAUAACAAUGAUUGUCUGUUGUCAAAACUUAAAAACUGGGUGUGUUCAGGGGAACCAUUACAAAAACAACUUGUCGAACAGUUCUUUGACUGUUUUGAAGAGGGAACUCAUUUCUUGCACAAUUUUUAUGGAUGUACCGAAGUAAUGGGUGACGUUACAUACUUUACUUGCAGGAGUAAACAGCAGCUAAAUGAGUUUGAAAAAAUUCCUAUAGGACUUCCUGUUGCUAACACUGAAAUGUACAUAUUAGAUAAAGAUUAUAGACCAGUCAGUCAUGGAGAGAUUGGUGAAAUUUUCGUUUCUGGACUGCCACUUGCCAAUGGGUACGUGAAUGGCCGUGAUCCAGGCAGAUUUGUUAACAGUCCUCUAUCCAUUGAGGGCAAAUUUUCCAGACUCUAUAAUACUGGAGAUUUUGGUUCAUUUCGAAAAGGAUACAUCCAUUUCGAAGGUCGCUUAGACUCACAAAUCAAGAUUCGUGGUCACCGAGUAGAUCUUACAGAAGUGGAGAGAACCAUCCUUUCAUUUGACUUUGUGGAGAAAGCAAUUGUUCUUUGCUACCAAGUAUAUCCAGUUGAUAGUGCACUUUUGGCGUUUGUUCAACUCAAUGAUUUAUCACCUCGCUACUCAGAGCUGGAAAUUGAAAAGGCGUUGAAGGGCAAACUAGGGGAGAGUGGGGCUAAAUUACAAGAUUACAUGAUUCCCCAAGUUAUAAUCGUUGAUCACUUUCCGCUUUUGGUCAAUGGAAAAGUCGAUCGUCAAGAGCUUUUAAUGUCAUACGAGAGAAAAAGGAAUGACGUCAUACCUAUGGACUUUUCUCAAGUCCCAGAUGAUUUGAAAGUUAUUGCGAGAGAUGCUUUUAAUAUUAUUGAAAGUGUAAUUGGACGAUCUGCACGUGGAACUUUGACAGUGGAGAGUAACUUCUAUGAGAUGGGUGGUAAUUCUUUGAACUCGAUUAUAGCCGUUACAUUGCUACGUGAAAAAGGAUAUCAUAUUGAAAUAUCUGAUUUCAUUUCGGCAAAGAAUCUCGGUGGUAUUCUUCGGAAAGUUUCCAAUAAAUUUACCAAAGUGGUGAAAGGGGAGUGUAGACUUGUGAACUUGAAUAUGAAAGCUUUUCCUCUUAUCAAGGAUGACAAAGACAGCGUUAUCCAAAUCCUCACUGAUAGUUUUUAUGAUAAAGGUGAUUUGGAGUUUUGGAUCAAGGAACGGAUUUCACGCAAAAAUUACAUUGAUGUUUUUGAGGAUAUGUGGGAUGAGGCAUUGAAUAAAGGCUACAGCUUUACUGUUAAAGAUAUGAACACGAAGAAGACAAUUGGUGUUAUAAUCAAUUUUGAUGCUCGAGAUGAGCCUAAAUCGAACAUUAAACUCUUCGACGAUAUAAGUACUCACAUUAUUGAAGAUUUAGAAAGACCAUUCAGAGAAAAUCAGAUGCCAAAGGAGUUAAAUAAAGUAUUGUACACUAGUUUGAGUGCUACUAGCAAAAACUUGAGCCCCCAAGAAAAUAUUGCCUGUAUAUAUUUUAUGGAAGAAGAAAUCAUAAAUUUGGCUAAAAGAAAAAAUUUCAUUGCAAUUCUUGCGGCAAAUAUCAGUCCUCUUACACAGCAACUUGGAAAUGAUGUCUUUAAACAUAAAUGCUUAGUUAAUUAUCAAGUUAAUAAAUAUGUUCAUAAAGACGGCACAAGACCAUUUGCACUUGCUCCUGACUCACAAAAAAUAAUGCUUCAUUAUAUGGAAUUAUAA